AUGGUGAAGCAAAUAAGUCUAGAAGAAGAGAAGGAGAACUGUCCUCUUAUAACAACAAAAAUAGUUGAAUACUUGCAACCUGUAAUGUGUCAAGAGCUACUCUGCAAGUUUCCAGACAACUAUGCAUUCGGAUUCGACUACACGCAGAGCUCUCUCUGGUCUCCUCUCUUGCCUCGAAACUACGCAAGCCCUUCCGAUCUGAACUCCGACAGUUGCGUUUGUCGUAACCUUGAACUCGGAGAGUUUCAAGAAGGCAAGAAGAUGAUGAAGAUUUCAAUGAACAAGAAAAUGAAGAAGAGUAAGUUAGUGAAACUAGACAUGUCUUCGAUAAAGAAUGAAGAUUCUCCCAAUAGCGGCUGCUUUCCUUUUCAUACUAAGGGAUGGGAUGGUGUGUUAAAUGCAGCUUCAAAACACUUCAAGAAGUCAAAAAAGAAGAGAGAUUCAAUCGCUGAUGUCAAGCUUCUCAACUUCUGCAAUUGCUGA